AUGUCGACUGAGUUCCAUAACCUACAGGAGUUGAGACACAGUGUGUCUGUAGCCACCAAGGUGUUCAUCCAGAGAGACUACAGCCAAGGGACUACCUGUCGCUUCCAGACUAAGUUCCCCUCUGAGCUGGACAGCAGGAUUGAGCGGACCCUGUUGGAAGACACAGUGAAGACGUUGAACAGCUACUAUGCAGAGACAGAGAAGAUGGGAGGCCAGUCCUACCUGGAGGGAUGUCUGGCCUGCGCUACAGCCUACCUCAUCUUCCUCUGUAUGGAGACACGUUAUGAGAAGAUGUUGAAGAAGAUCUCAGGGUACAUCCAGGAGCAGAAUGAGAAGAUCUACGCUCCCAGAGGUCUAUUACUGACCGACCCUAUAGAGAGAGGCAUGAGAGUUAUCGAGGUGAGUGUGUUUGAGGACCGCGGUUCGAGCGGCUCUAGCCACAGCAGCAGUGUGUCGUCUGGGGGCAGCAGCCAGCGGUGA